AACCGUUCACGGGUCGCAUUUCGUUGUGAGAGAUCUUGGUCGAAGCUGCAAAGGAAGCUCUCGUACGCGGCCACAACCAACCAUUUGCGCUCGGGCAGAAAAAAGGGAGUUCAGCAAAAAAUAGCCUCAAGUAACAUUUGUGCUGAAAGUGUAAACCUUAUCGGACUGGAAGAAAGGAAGCAAAAGAAAGCCAACCAACCCCACCACCCGUAUCUAAAAGAGUCCUACAACAGUGCACACUGAAAAUCGUGUAUCGUGUCGGCGUGGAGAAAAAGUGUAUCUUGGCAUCGAAGCAAAAGGAUCUCGACGUCUCGAGUAAAACGAGUUUUCUGGCUCCGCUUCGGAAGAACAUACAUUUACCGGUGAACGUGUGUUAGUGUCCCGCGAGGCAAGUAGCGUUGGAGUGUGGCACAGCAAGAAUAGAAGAGAACAUAAAGAAAAACUCACCGGAGUCGACAGUUCGACGAACGCGCGUGUUUCGAAGGUACCGAUUGUCGCUGGUGUAAAAUCAAAAUCCCCCCGAAAAGGGUGCCCGUGCUGGCCGGAUAUCCCGGAGUUGGAAAAGGAAGUGAACGUUGUUUGUGGUGUGGCGUUACUAAUACCACUACUACAACCAUUACCGCGAGCUUCUACGCCAUAGUCCUUUUCGCAGCCUCCCUUGACGUUUUCUGCAUUCAGGUGCGUGCGUGUGUGUAUUCCUGUUUCUGCCUAGCAACGUGAGACACACCUGCCGAGCCAACAUCGACGGUGAAACCUGCAGGAAAAAGGGGAUGCAUUCUGAGUGAAUGGUUUUGUGGUCGUAGGUCGCUGCAUUGCACUCAUAGCAAUCAUAGGGGGCUCGUCCAUAGAAGGCUUCCCAGGUGCAAUUGAGUGCUCGAGGCUGUCUACACAUCGAGAAGUACGAGAGCUUCUGGUCAAAGAAGAGUUGGUCGUCGAUUGUUAUCCUGUGCUGAGUUGCGUUUGGCCAACCCCCCCUCGUUCCCUUCCACUGCUCCCAUCGAUCAGUGAGGAAAAAAGUUGAAGGAGAGCGUUGGAAAGCUUAGAAAGGAAUUAAUAGAAGAAAACCCAGUCGCAAGUCGCGAAGGUCUUGCCGUAAAGGAUAAACGGGAAGGAUCCUGGUCCCCUGGAGAAGCAGAUAGAGAGAGAGAGAGAUAGAAACUUCAGAAACGUAUCCGAGUUUUACCAGAAGGGCUCUACCCAGGAUUGCCUUCAGCGAGUGCAAGAAGCAGCAGCAUUGGUGGUUGGUGCAGUGUUUCUGUUGUGUGUUAUGUGUGAGUUUGUGUGCUCUGUCUAAACGACAGCAAUCAGUGCGUGUGUGUAUGCGUUGCUUGCGGGGCGUUGUUUAUGCUGCCGAGCCCUCUCUCUGUGUGUGUGUGCAUGAUCCCCCGUGGGAUUUGAAUGUGGAAAAUCUUCAUCCCACACAAAAGAUAAGCAAGAGAAAGGUCCCUUAAAAAGAAGUAGAAGAAGGCAUCGCAAGAAGAAGAAAAAAAGGUCAAUAUUACACAUUUGCCUUCGAGGAGUGUGUGUGUUGUAAGUUCUAUCUCUGUGUGUAGUUCUGGUUCUCGACUGAAUCGACUGGAAAGCAAUCGUCUGCUGCGUUUGGUGUUUGAGUGCGUUUCGUUCGGUGCUACCUUUACCGUGUGAGCGAUUGAAAGCAGGUGCACACAUAUCUGUAUCGCGCAAGGGCGGCCCCCAUAUGACUUCGUCCCAACCGUCCCAAUCGUCCGACGGUCAGCAAACGAUGGCCGACAACGGUACGAUGCUGCCGAUGACAGUGGUCGAAAGUGUUUUCAACGCGGCACGCACAGGAAAUCUCGCUGCACUGAAGAAAUGGACCUCUAGACUGAUGCCAAACGACCUCACGACGCUGGUAACGAUGAAAACCAGUGGCGUCACACCGCUGUUGAUAGCGUGCCGCAACGGACACUUUGACGUGGUGCAGUACCUCAUCAAGCGUUGCCACGCCGACGUCGAGCAGGCCGGUUCCGUCAUAUUUGACGGGGAAAAGAUCGAAGGCGCGCCACCACUGUGGUGUGCGUCCGCCGCCGGCCACACCAACAUAGUGAAGCUGUUAGUCCAAAACGGUGCCAAAGUGAAUAGUACUACCAAAACAAACAGCACGCCGCUCCGGGCGGCCUGUUUCGAUGGACACUACGAAAUCGUGAAGUAUCUCGUAUCACAAGGUGCCGACAUCGAGGUCGCAAACCGCCACGGACACACCUGCUUGAUGAUCGCCUGCUACAAAGGACACUACAAAAUCGCACAAUACUUGCUGUCGCUCAAAACGGAUGUGAACCGGCGUAGCGUGAAAGGCAACACCGCCCUGCACGAUUGUGCCGAGUCGGGAUCGCUUGAAAUUUUGCAACUACUCCUGCAGCACGGUGCUACAAUGGAUGUUGAUUCUUAUGGAAUGACCCCACUGUUGGCCGCCAGUGUUACUGGCCACCUACCGAUCGUGGAACAUCUGAUCAAGCUACCGUUUGUGUCGCGCGAGGAUCGGAUUGCGGCGCUGGAACUGCUCGGUGCUACAUAUGUCGACAAGAAGCGCGAUAUGCUGGGAGCCCUCUCGUUCUGGAAGCGUGCCAUGGAAGACAGAUACAACAACAGUCCCGUGCUGCCGAAACCAACCCGCGAACCACUGCCACCGUACGAUUACGUGCAGGAGGUCAACAAUCUCAACAUGCUCGAAGAGCUGGUGAUGGAUCCGGACGAGAUGCGCAUGCAGGCGCUACUGAUCCGCGAGCGGAUACUAGGCCCGGUCCAUCCGGACACGAGCUACUACAUACGCUUCCGUGGUGCCGUAUACGCCGAUUCGGGCCGGUUCGAUCGGUGCAUCGAGCUGUGGACGUACGCGCUGUCCAUGCAGCAAAGCAUCCUGGAACCGCUGAACCCGAUGACCCAAUCGUCGUUGCUAUCGUUCGCCGAACUGUUCAGCUACAUGCUGGGCGAGGUCGGGCGGCCGAUUACGCGCGGUCGCAUUGUACCGCCGAUCGAAACGUCCGACAUGCUGGUGGUGUUCAAAAAAUCGGUCCGCGAGGUACAGCUCGGUCAGCAAAUGUUCGAACAGAUGGCGUACCACGAGCGGGAUCAUGGUGCGCUCAGCCGGGCGCUGGUAAUUUCGCUCCAUCUGGCCUGCCUGCUGGUGCGGUUGCUCGACGAGGAUGAAGAGCUGUGUACGGCGGAGAUGAAACAUCAGAUCCUACAGUCGCUGUACGAUUUAGUUAGCUUAAAGAUUGUAACGCAAACGGGUAGAACAGCUUUACAUCUCGCAUGCUACAAAGAUGCAGCGCUCGUAGGACGAUACCCGGUGUGUCAGCUGCCGUCGGCACGGCUCGCCAAGGCUCUGCUGCAGGUUGGUGCCGAUCCGAACGCACAGGACGACAACGGUAACACACCGCUACACUCGGCCGCCCAAAGUCGACCGUGUCCGCCCGAGCUGGCACAAAUUUUGCUCGAGCACGGAACCCAUUUGGAUACGAAAAACGUGGACGGCAAAACGUUCGAGUCGCUGUUGCAGAAUCAGCAGCUGCACGAGCUGGUCAACCCGAUCAAGUAUACCCGGCUGUCCUGUCUGGCGGCCCGUGCUAUUAAGCGUUACGCAAUCAACUGCCAGCACGAAAUUCCCAAAUGUUUGCACGCGUUUGUCGACUCACACUAACGCUUCGUGAAUGAUGCCGCCGGUUCCGGUGGUUGUUGUCGGCCGCGUCCAGGAUGAGCCGGGGUGCCUGAGCGGUGGCGCGGGUAUAUCAAAGGAGAGCAUAGAUUUAAAGCCAACCAGCAAACAAAUAUUGACUGAGCGAUUGUGGGCGAGCCGAAAUAGAUAGACUAAUGCAGAAAAAGCGAAUAUCAACCAGAGAACGGACACACACACACACAUACACACGAUACGAAGUUAGUAGGACACUUGGGAUGUUUUUGCAGCAAAUAGAGCGAGAGAGAGAGAGAGAGAGAGAGAGAGAGAGAGAGAGAGAGAGAGAGAGGAAAGAUGGAAAAACGGUGCAAAUCAUCAUUCGCUGCCAUUAACGUGUGAUCAUCUUAAAUAGGAAAGCAUGUAAAAGGGGGGAGAACGAGCUUGCGGUUACGGGGUCGAUACAUUUCGAGCAGCAGCAGCAGCAGCACGACCACGUGGUCUGCGCAACGACUUUAGAUAUGGAGAUGUUCGAUGGGCCACCCCCGAAUCAGCCAACGAUUUGAGCGUGCAUCAAAACGGUUUCGGAGUGAUCACGGGGUGACAUCGGUAACGAUUGGUUAGUGGAAGAACGGCCGGGGAUAGAUUACGUAGUAGCCGAUGCGCUGUUAUGUUAACGAGUUUUGUCCUGUCCAGGUAGAACAGUACGUGUACGAUGUUAUUACCUUGCAGAGCUUCUCAUCUGUCGUGACCGUGCCCUGUUUCCGGUUAAAAUGUGUGCCGCACGACGGCUUACGAAUGAGGUUAUAUUUAGUUACAUUUUUUUCAAUUGGUAGGUAUAUCGCGUAGGAUUCGAUUGAUCGUGAAGAAAUUUAUUUGGGCGAAAGCUAAUCAAACGAGCGGUCAAACGCUUGCACGAGAGCAGGAGAAGAGGACACGCUAUAUCCUGUUUUAGCUUUGGACGCUUGGGGAGUUUUUUUGUUUGUUUUUGUUUUUGCCUUAUUUUGAUAACGGAUUUUAAAUCAUUUGAAGACUCAGGAGCAGCAUACAACAGUUAUCAACUGUAAUGAAUAUACGUGGUCGCUAGGAACAAAUGCUUUCGGUAUGUGUCACCUGUGUGCACUUGAUCAAGAGCAACGGAUGCCUGAGAUUGAGAUGGAUGUACAGAAAAGGUUCGGAUUACAAUACAAUAAUAUGUGGUAUGUGUUAAGAAGAGGACGCGCUGCAGCAGACGGCAUGUGGGAGGUGUUCCGUUUUAUAUGCGGCUGUCGGGUGUGUCCGUACCGUGUGGUACUGGUCCCAGCGCGUAGCAACUUCGCGUUGAUAAUGAUUCAAAACUUCAAGUGAUAGCGGCAAGGUGGUGAAGCCAGACCAGGGAAGAUGCGAUGUACGUUGGCAAAACAAAAAAUAUCUGUAAACGCCUACCGAAAGGACGCAGGAUACGUUUUCUUGGCGAGUGCUACAAACGAUAUCAUCUUUGGUUUCACGCGAUUGUCUGCUUUUUAGUUUAUAAUAGAUCUCGAUUUUAUAAGCAAUUUUUCACCCAGCAGAGGAUAAACGAGAAUCCCCACUAUAGUAGACGGAGUGGUAACGAGAGCCAUAUACUAGACGGGUGUGAUGAUGGUGCAUACUUUUUGGAGCCAGAGAGAGAGAACGACAGAUGAGGGAAGGAAAAUUAUAGUGAAUGGAUAAAUCAGGUGUUAAAGAUAAAGCAAAAGCCCUCGAUACGUUACUACACAUGUUGCCGAGGACUGAAAAAAAGCCACCCCGUUGCACCUUUAUUACAUAUUAGAUUAGUGUAAUGAUAUUAGAGAGGUUUUCAGAGGGAGAGUACUGCCAGAGAAAUACACGUUGGAACACUUUGCCCCCACUUUGGAUGGGGACCUUUGGGUGGUAACAUAACACGAAUGGUUGGUUAAUGGUGCUUACCUGUGGUAGAAAUAUUAUAUUUUUCCUCCAAUCCCCCCCCUCCGUAUUUCAACCCGUUCACCAACCUCUGCCUUAGUUGGUGUACCAUAAAAGAAGCGAGCGGAAGGCUUUUAAAUAAAGAGAAUAACUAGAACGAAUAUUGUGAAAAAAAAAAACAAACCAAUUUUGUUCUUUGCUUGGGAAUGUACGGCUAAGUGCAAGAAAUAAUUAAUUUAAUUGAUAGAAGCCUUCUCGGGCUUCCGUGUACAUUUGGUGGAAAUACAAUAAUGAGAACUUGCGAGAGAACAUGUGACGGAACCAGUCACAUCGUACCGGAACGCAGCUAACAUUGGUGAAGAAUGCUCAUGCGAACGGAUGUCGUAUGCAUUGGGAAGGUACUACUGUGUGUUGCAUCAAUCAAAGCAAAUAGUAAAGUGUUAAAUUUCAACCCAAUGCAGGAAAGUAUAAAGAUAAAGCUAUUAAAGAAAAUCCCGUCAUAAAUCAAUAAGUGAAGGGCUUUUUGUCGCUGGUGCUAGAGACUUGUGGUGUCGUUUGGAGAGUGUUGGCAGAACAGAAAGCUUAUGGAGAAACAUAUUUCAAAAUAAAAUAUAUAGUAUGUCACACAA